AUGAAUAAUACUAAAGCAUAUCAAGAUUUGGGUAUUAUUAAUCCACUUGAAUCUUUAGUUGAACGUACAAAUAAUUUUCUUUAUGGUUUAUGGUAUAAUAAAUAUAUUACACAAAAACAAUAUGAAAAAUUAAAGGUUAAUGAAGAAGAGGCUGAAUUAGCCCAUCUUUAUUUUUUACCGAAAACACAUAAACCAGGAACACCAUUAAGACCUAUAAUGGC